AAAGAAGAGCAAAGUGGCAAUUUAGGGGUAGCUGAUGGAAAGAAGAGAGGUCGAAGUGGGCGGAAGAAGGAUGGAAAGAAGUUGGAUGAAGUUGUAGGCAAUGGGAAAACUUUGGAAAAAUCAGACGAGUCUUUGGGAACAAACAGUGAUGCAAGAUAUCCGCGUAGGGCCUCAAGAGUUCCCAAGAAAGAAGAGCCUGUGCUGCAAACAAAGAGAAAGACGGGGAAGGGGGGUGAAGGAGAAUCGUCAAUGUGCCAUCAAUGCCAGAGGAAUGAUAAGGGAAGGGUUGUGAGAUGUAUGCUUUGCAAACGGAAACGAUAUUGCAUCCCUUGCUUAACCAAUUGGUAUCCCAAGAUGUCUGAGGAAGAAAUUGCUGAUGCCUGCCCAGUUUGUCGCGAUAAUUGCAAUUGCAAGGCAUGCAUGCGCAUGAGUGGCCCUGUUAAAAGAUUGGAAGAAAGUAUAAAUGUGGAGUUCAGUCAUGAUGAAAAAAUUCUGUACUCUAGAUACUUGCUUCAGAAACUUCUUCCAUACGUUAAGCACAUUAUUCAAGAACAAAUGAAAGAAGUGGUCAUUGAGGCAAAAAUUCGAGGGGUGCUCCCAGAACAAAUGCAGCUUAUGCAGGCAGUUUGUUGUAAUGAUGAACGUGUAUAUUGUAAUAACUGCAGAACAUCGAUUGUCGACUUUCACAGAAGCUGUCCUGAUUGUAACUAUGAUCUGUGCCUUAUGUGUUGCUGUGAGAUACGUGAUGGAUAUUUGCAGGGAGGAAAAAAGGAAGAAUUUAUAGCAUAUGAGGAUAAGGGUUUUGAUUACUUGCACGGAAACCGGUCUGAAGGCAAAGUGUUGAAUUGCCCAGAUGAAUCCCAUGUGGAAAGUAACUCCCAACAAAAGAAUGCUGCAACCUCUGGGUGGAAGGCAAAUGCAAAUGGUAGCAUUCCUUGCCCCCCAAAGGAUUUGGGUGGGUGUGGUAAUGGCCUUUUAGAGUUAAGGUGUAUAUUUACAGAACAUGCUCUGGUUCAGUUAACAGAAAAGGCCGAGGAAAUAGCCAAAGAUCUCAAUCUUCAUCUUGGUCUCCAAUUUUCUAACCAAAAAUGCCCUUGUUACAGUUCAAAGGGUGAAGUUAACAUUGGCAAUAAUAAUUUAAGGAAAGCGGCUUCUCGUGAAGAUACCAGUGACAACUAUUUAUAUUGUCCAGAAGCUAAAGAUAUUCAGAGAGGAGAGUUGGAACAUUUCCAAAGACAUUGGGCUAAUGGUGAACCUGUUAUUGUCAGCAAUGUACUUGAGAAUGCAUCUGGCUUGAGCUGGGAGCCAAUGGUUAUGUGGCGUGCUUUUCGUCAGAUUACGAAUACUAAUUACGAACAACAGUUGGAAGUUAAGGCACUUGAUUGCUUGGAUUGGUCUGAGGUAGAAGUCAACAUUCACCAAUUCUUUAAAGGGUACAAAGAUGGUUGUUUUCAUGGAGAAUUAUGGCCUAAGAUACUGAAGCUAAAAGAUUGGCCUCCAUCUAAUGAAUUUGAGAAGCUCCUUCCACGUCAUCAUGUUGAGUUUCUUUGUUGUUUGCCUUUUAAAGAAUAUACUCAUCCUAAAAGUGGUCUUCUUAAUGUUGCUACCAAGUUGCCAGAGCAUUCUAUAAAGCCGGAUAUGGGACCAAAGUCAUAUAUUGCAUAUGGAGUUGCUCAAGAGCUGGGGCGUGGUGACUCUGUAACCAGGCUACAUUGUGAUAUGUCUGAUGCGGUGAAUGUUUUAACACACAUUGCUGACGUGAAGCUUACGGAAAAACAACUGGCUUCAAUCACCAAGUCAAAACAGAAGCACCAUGUGCAGGACCAGCUGGAACUUUAUGGAAUAAGUUCAAAGAAUAAACAGAAUAAGCCUAGUGAUGGGUCUUCAGACUUCUCUGCAUGCACCAAGCAGUCUAGUGAUAGAGUUGGUUUUCAAGAAGGUGAAGUUUACUUUGAACAAGGUCAAGAUGGUUAUCCUAGUCAGAGUGGCAAUAAUUUGGUGAGGGAAUUUGAAAUGAAGGAGAGUGGGAAGACAAAUAUAGUUAAAGAAUGCCAGGAUAACGGCAGAUCAUCUGAAACUUCUGGAAAUAAGAUUGAAGAGGGGGAAGCUGUUGAGGGAGGUGCUGUCUGGGACAUAUUCCGUAGACAAGAUGGUCCUAAGCUGCAGGAUUACCUUAAAAGGCAUUUUAGGGAGUUUAGAUAUGUCCAUUGUCAGCCAGUAUCACAGGUUUUUCAUCCUAUACAUGACCAGUCCUUUUUUCUGACUAUGGAGCAUAAAGAAAAGCUUAAGAAGGAAUGUGGAAUUGAACCAUGGACCUUUGUUCAGAGACUUGGGGAAGCUGUUUUCAUACCUGCAGGUUGUCCUCAUCAAGUGCGGAACAUUAAGUCAUGCAUAAAGGUUGCUCUUGAUUUUGUUUCACCUGAAAAUGUUGGUGAGUGUGUUCGCUUGACUGAAGAAUUUCGUGUGCUUCCUCAUGAACAUAGGACCCAAGAGGAUAAAUUGGAGGUGAAGAAAAUGAUUGUACAUGCACUGUGUGACGCUGUGAAUAACUUGGAUGAAAAUGCAAGGACAUUGUGGUGGUCGUUCCACGUUCCUCUAUUGGAAACACAUAUUGGGUCCUUGCCUAUCAUAUCUGCAUGUACCAUUAAGGCCCCAAAAGCCUCAAAUAUCAUAUAUAAGCUAUGGAUGACGUUAGAACCUAAGUUCGAAUGUAUACUAUACCGCUUUUUCAAAUAG